UGCAAAUGUUACAAAAGACAAUUUUAUCAAUGUCUUGUCACCUGCCAAAACCUGUCGUUUGUUGUGUUUUUUUCAACAAUUUGGUCUCAAUUUUAAACAACUAAGAUGGUAUUUAGUACAGGUAUAAGUCUGCAAAAUCCAAUGGGGAAAAGACAGGUUGUGGUUUUCACAGUUGGGUGGCUUGCAUAUGCCUCAACAUACUGCCUUCGAAAACCUCUUGGAGUGGUAAAAACUGAUCUAGAAACAGAGUUGUCCAUGAGCAAAACACAGCUGGGAUUGUUGGACACUGCACUUCUAUUACCAUAUGCUGUCAUGCAGAUACUGCUUGGACCAAUGGCUGACAAGUUUGGAGCGAGGAAAACUUUCGGUGUUGGACUUGUCCUGUCUGCUGCUUCCAUGUUUACAUUUGGUGCAUGGAGUAAUUUUAACCUGUUCUGCAUCUUGUUAUUUCUGAAUGGAACAGCUCAGUCCCAGUGUUGGCCGAGUGCAAUAAAGGCAGUGGGGUCCUGGUUCCCGGACAAUGUACUUAACUCGGUGUUUGGAGUUUAUGGGACCUGCACAUUUGCUGGUGGAAUCAUAGGAACUGCUCUUGCAGUUUGGUUGCAAACUAGUUACGGAUGGAGAAGUGCUUUCUUCAUACCAUCUGCAGUUGUGGGUUGUAUGGGUCUGCUGGUGUUAUUGUUCUUCCAACAGCCAGAUGAGCUGAACAUUCAGGUGCCGGGAAAAGCUAGCUCCACACCCAGCAAAUCAAAGGCUUCUGCUUUAUCGUGGCUUCAGCUGUUGAAAAUUCCAAUGUUAGUGGAGGUAUCCCUGGGUCUGUUUUGCCUGAAGACAGUCCGCUACUGUCUCUACAUGUGGCUCCCCAUGUAUCUUCUCAACCAGCUGCAGUAUUCGAAAGUGGAGGCUGGAAUGUUCUCUACCAUGUUUGAGGUGGGAGGGGUACUGGGCAGUGCCAUCAUUGGAUUCAUACUGGACAGGUUGACAUUUUUUCGGGGACGGCCCCUGUUUGGUACGGGUAUGUCAGCGGCAGGAUCGGCGGUCAGUCUGAUGCUGUUUGUAUUGACUGGGCCAUAUGGGUUCGUGUUUAAUAUGACGUUCCUGUUCCUGGCCGGAGCCUUCAAUUGUGGCUGCGAUACAAUACUCAGCGGGUCAAUACCCCAGGAGCUGGGCAACAGAGACGGGAAAAAUGCUGCAGCAGCUACUGUCGGCAUGGUCAAUGGUAUUGGCAGUGUGGGGACAUUCCUUGAGGGCCCUGUGAUUGGAGUGAUUGCCACAGUAUAUGGCUGGUCCGGCAUGUUCUACUUCAUGAUCAUUGUCACCAUCCUCGGCAGUAUUGCAGUGUUUAAAGCGUCUGUGAUAUAUGCAAGACAACCUAAGUCUAUUCCUGAACCAAUUUCAUUAAACAUGACCGAUUUAGAAUGAGUGUUGUUCAUUCAAAAUCUGAACAAUUGUGUUCAAUAUUUAUGAUCAUUGAUUCAUCACCAUUCUGAACAAUCUUUCUGUUAAAGAUUGCAGGCGUUUCAGAAUCUGUAGGUAUAUAAUUAAACAUUUGAACGAUAUUAAACAUCAGAAUGACCGUUGGUUAUGAUGGCCAAAACAGUUCACUACUUAUUAUCAUUAUUGCCAUCCUUGGCAACCUCACAGAAGGUGUCUUUCUUAUAUGCCAGACAAUCCCUUGCGCAACCAAGUUCAUUGAAUAACAUUGUUUGAGAAAUACAAAUUUAUUGGUCAUUAUAGUAUUCAUCCGUCUUUAUAAUUACAGUUGAACACCGCUAUUCAGAUCACCGUUUAUCAGAAUUUAUCGCUAUUUCGAAAUUAUGUUUCGGUCCGGAUUGUAGUCCUUCCUUGUUUAACUAAAUUUUUAAUCUUUAAACAAAAAAAUCGCUAAUCCGAAAUAAUCGCUACCCAGAAGUAAAAAUUAUUAUCCCGAUUUGGUAUUUCACACCUAUUUAUUAAUUCUUAUUUCCAACUCGAUCAUGUCAUGGUUUUUCACUCUAUACGAAUGCACUCGGGCAUCGGCUUGAGGUGACAAUGGAGCACAAUUUGCUCUUGUUAAAGAAUGACAUUGAGCACACGUAUGUUACAAACAUUGAUGUCAGAAAAUGAGCGAUUCAUUAGAGUGAUGAAGUGUGUAUAUUAUUGCUGGUAAACACAACCUAAAUAUCAUUCGUAAAUCUCAUCUGAUUUGAUGGCCGCAUUGCUCACUCGAUCCGCUACCAAACAAUCUGUGUUAUGUUCAGAAUGCAUACAUGUGCUGUCAUUUUCUUUAAAUGUUUUAUGUUGUUAUAAGAAAUAUAAUAACAAAUUAUUUGUCAUUUAAUAAAUCAACAAAUAUUUUUGUAUACGAAAGAUCACUCAAACUGAAUGUAUGGUAUUGGUAAUGUGUAACCGACAUUGCAAUCUUCACAACUUAGUAUUCACGUCAUCUAUAAUUCGUGAACGAUGUCGAUUUUGGAUUAACGGUGUUCAACUGUAUUAAGUAUAAUCAUCGUCGUUGUUAUUCAACAUUACUGGUACAUUCCGAAAUCCGAGGUGUCUUUGAGAAUAACAUGUUUGUUUGACCGUGCCACUCAAGCUAAUACACUGGAAUACCUCAACUUUUACAUUCCCAGCUAUUGAUCGGUCGCUCCAUUUUAAACAGGGUGUGUGAACAAGUUGCUAUUGAUUGAGGUGUGUAGUAUUGUGUUUUAAUAAUUAACAUAACAUGGUUGUAUUUUCUUUUCUUGAUUUUCACCACGAUGGUAAUGUUUAAUGUACAAGUAUAAGAAUAACCUUUUAAUUGAUUAAUUGAUGUUUAUUCAGGUUAGAACACUAUAUAUAUUUAUCCUUAAGAAUCUUCUUAGAAGAUUUUUUUUUUGAGAGAUUUAUUCUAAUGUUGUUGUUUUUAAAUGAACAAGUGUUAAACAUGAGUAGCAACAGUAUAUUUGAUAAAUCUGUUCUAUUUACACUAUAAAACCAUGUUGAUCUUGUUAUACUCAUAAUUGUUUUUGUUUUUUCAUUUCUAUAAAAGUCUCAUUGAAAUUGCUCAAAUGUUUUGUUUACUUUUACAUGCAACAUUGUUUUGUAAGCUUGUCUGUUUUAAGCUCGACUGGGCACAAAGUGCUCAAGGUGAGUGAGCUAUUUUGACCGCCGUCCAUAUUGGCAUUUUUGGCUUCAAAUAACAUCUUAGAAAAAACUUGGGUAAUUUUUCAGCUCAAACAUUUCAAAAUUGUUCACAUAGUACUGGUACAUUACACACUAAGGGCCAAAGAGCUAAAAAAUAGACAACAAUUUUGAAAAUAUUCUUAUCAGAAACUGUUUAAUUUUUUAUUUUUAAAAAGCAUUGUCCAGUGAUUUUCUACAAUUUUUUGUGCAAAGAGUAACACAGAGGUCAAAAUUAAUUGUUUGAAAUAGACCGGAAAACGAGUACAAAAAAUAUUUACUUUAGAAUUUUGAAAAGCUCCCAAGUUAUAAAAUUUUACUCAGGUGAUUGAUUUAUGGCCAUAAGAAAUGGAGGUAUUUUCAUAGCCUGUAAUUCGCCAUUGUAGUCUUCAAAUCUUAACCUUGGUCAUGUGUUAAAAUAAUCCAUAAAAUAAUCUCUACUUUAAUUCUACUGUUAAAAAAGUAUCAAAGUAUUUUACAAUUUGUGCCUUUUGAAUUCUAUUGAACUGGAAUUGUAAAAAGUUAUAAUUAUCUGUUGAAUUGUUGAUGGUUAUUUUAUCUAUGCAUUUUUUUAUUCCAAAAUGGUUUUUCAAUCCAUGUUAAGUAUUUCACAUAAUUUUUAUGUUUUUCUGUGAUGCUCUAUUAAAUGUUCUGACUUU